AGUAAACCCAUGUUGUGCUGUGGUUGGCUGUGUUAAAGAAACAUCCCAGAGUUUGCUGAGUCUUAGAGUCUGAGUGAGGCCCCCCAACCUAAAGAGAGGAAAAAGAGACUGCAUUUUAUUGAAGACUAUUACUACUUGUACUACUACUCGUACUACUUACUUAUUAGAGAACAGAAGAGAAUAGAAGAGAAGAGAAGAACAGAGAAGAGGAGCAAAAAAGAAAGAGGGGUUUUGGGUAAAAGGAGCUGAAUCGGACUGAGAGUCGGCAUCUUCUGGCCUUUGCCUUUGCCUGAGUUGAGACUCGGGUCGUUAAGCCUUUUGGUUCUUGGUCAGAUUGAAAGGCCCCUCUCUAACGCCCGGAUCUCGCAUUCUCUGAUUCUUGUAUCCUAUUACUCGGGAGCGAUGGCUGGUUUGAUUUUGGGAGACAUACAUUGUUCGCGCACAAUCGAUAUCGGCUUUGGAGUUUGGUGUCUUCUUGGGAGGGAAGAAACUCUCUUCCACCACCAACACCAACAGCUCCUCCGUUGUCGGCUGUGCAGACUCUCAUCAGUUACGCUAUUUAUUGAAUGUCUCGUAAAUUGGACAGCCCUGUUCAAACUCAGAUGGCUGUGACACUCUUUAAGAGCCCUCUCAGCGGGGAGUACCACGGGAGCAGGAGAACUGAGGGCAAACAGCCUGCUGGGAGGAGGCGGGUUUUUGUACAAACCGAAACUGGGUGUGUUUUGGGGAUGGACUUGGAUCGCAAUGACAAUGCCCAUACCGUGAAGAGGAGGCUGCAGCUAGCUCUUAAUUUCCCAACUGAGGAGAGCUCGCUCACUUUUGGGGAUAAGGUGUUGAAGAAUGAUCUUAGUUCCGUUCGAAAUGAUUCCCCUCUUCUUCUUACACGGAACCUUAUCCAUAGGAGCUCCUCAACUCCUUGUUUGUCACCCACGGGGAGGGAUAUCCACCAGAGAGAUCAGAGUCGUCUUAUUGAGAUUUUAGGACAGUCAAAUUGCAUUGUUAAAACGGGACCAGUAGUCAAGGAAAUUGUGAAGGCAAUUAAGAUGGGGGUUGAUCCAAUUCCUGUUCAUGGUGGACUUGGUGGUGCAUACUAUUUUAGGAAUUGCAAAGGUGAGAGUGUUGCGAUUGUGAAGCCUACAGAUGAAGAACCUUUUGCACCAAACAAUCCAAAAGGUUUUGUUGGCAAAGCUCUUGGGCAACCGGGUUUGAAACGAUCAGUGCGGGUUGGGGAGACGGGCUUCAGAGAAGUUGCAGCUUUCCUUCUCGACUAUGAUCACUUUGCAAAUGUUCCUCCCACUGCACUCGUGAAGAUCACUCACUCAAUCUUCAAUGUCAAUGAUGGGGUGAAUGGCAGUAAGCCUCACAAAAAGAAUCAGGUCAGCAAGAUUGCAUCUCUCCAACAGUACAUCUCACAUGAUUUUGAUGCCAGUGAUCAUGGGACCUCUAGUUUCCCAGUUGCAGCGGUGCAUCGUAUAGGGAUCUUAGACAUUAGGAUAUUUAACACGGACAGGCAUGCAGGAAACCUUUUAGUCAGAAAACUUGAUGGUGUUGGGAGGUUUGGUCAGGUGGAGCUCAUUCCCAUUGAUCAUGGCCUUUGCUUGCCUGAAACUUUGGAGGACCCAUACUUCGAGUGGAUUCAUUGGCCUCAGGCUUCAAUUCCAUUCACGGAAGACGAGCUUCAGUACAUAGAAAAUCUUGACCCAAAUCAGGAUUGUGAGAUGCUGCAAAGUGAGCUUCCCAUGAUUCGAGAGGCUUGCCUUAGGGUCUUGGUUCUAUGCACCAUUUUCCUCAAGGAGGCUGCCACUUUUGGUCUCUGCCUUGCUGAAAUUGGUGAGAUGAUGAGUAGGGAAUUCCGUAGCGGCGAGGAGGAACCCAGUGAACUCGAGGUUGUAUGCAUGGAAGCAAGGAGGGUGCUAGCAGAUGAGGUGUUAUCCCCUAAAGCUGAUUCUGUAGAAGAGGAUUUUCAAUUUAACUUAGACUAUGAGGAACUUGAGUCGGACUUUACACUGAAGAUUUCUCUAGACGAUGAUAUGACCAGAGCAUCAUUCCAAUAUGGAACAGGUUUCGGGCAUGGGCGCAAUCCACUAUCUAAACUGGAGGAAAGCAUUGAGGAGGAUGAAAGUGAAGGAGAAGAAGAGCAAGAGGGAAUUGCUACUCUUCCAGCUCCGGAAAGGUCCCCUGCCAUUUCAAAGCUUUCUAUGUCGUUGAAGAAUACAGUUUUAGCUGAGAAGAAUCAUAAACAUCAGAAAUAUCCUGGAACAAAAGUUGAAAAUGGGUAUUUAUCCAGUACAUCAUCUGGGCACAGGAGUGCAAAUGAGCAGCUUCCGACAAGCGUGAGCUUUGUGAAGCUAGCAGAUAUGAGUGAGGAUGAAUGGAAAAUGUUUCUGGAGAAGUUUCAGGAGCUGCUGUACCCAGCACUUGCCAAAAGGAAAUCUGUGACCCUAGGUCAGAGGCAGAGACAGAGGCUUGGUACUUCGUGCCAGUUUUGAGAUUGAGAUACCUAUAGUUGUUUGACUGAGAGGAUUAAAGAAAGAUUAAUAAGACUUGGUAGCUUUGUGGGAGUGAAGAAUUGUUAGGAUAGGGUUUGGUUUAUGGGUUUCCUUGCCGGCACGAAUUAUAGUUUGGAGCAAUGGUAUUAGGAGGGACUGCUGUAAAUAUUCUUGGCAUCAGCUUAAGGCUUAAGCAAUGAACCUGAGUAGAGUUGGCUGCUGCAUUCCUUUGUUAACUUUUCUUUUAUUUUUUUUCCCCUUUCACUCCUUAUGGACUUGUUUGAUAAAUAAACUGUAGAAUGAAAUCCAAAAAAGAAAUAUCCUGUAAAUAUAGCAUCCUGUUCAAUUUGCUUGGAAAUGUGAGUAUCAGAGCUAUGGUGUUUCAUUA